AUGCCGGCGCUCGGCUGGUCCGGGGAGGUGACGGUGCACAUGGUCGUGAAAUCGCCGGACCUCCAUACUUCAGCGGAGCUCUUGCGCAAGAUCACCAGCUCCAGAACGCAGGCAGACUUUGACGCGGACCAGCUGAUGAUCCUUUGUUACUACGCCAAGGAGCAGAUGCUCAAGGAGCCCACCCUCCUGGAGUUAUCACCUCCUCUGGUGAUCGUUGCGCACCUCACCGGGCGCCUGGACCAGCUGAACAAGAUCUUUGACAGCUGCGGAGAUGUCCCGGAGACGAAGUAUCUCUUUUUGGGGAACCUGGUGGACAGGGGCCAGCAGGGCCUGGACGUGCUGGUCUUGCUGCUGAGCCUCAAGCUGCGGCACAGCUCGCGGCUCCAUCUGCUGCGGGGACGCCACGAGUGUGGCUCCAUCUCGCGGAUCUACGGAUUUUACGACGAGUGCAAGAAGCGGAGCAACGUCAAGGUGUGGAGGGCCUUCAUCAACUUCUUUGACGCCAUGCCGAUCUGCGCGCUGAUCAACCACCGCAUCUUCUGCGUGGCCAGUGGCCUGUCGCCCGAGCUGCAAGAUUUGGAGCAGAUUCGCCAGCUCCGUCGGCCCAUGGACGUGCCGGACAUGGGGCUGUUGACCGACCUGCUGUGGUCGGACCCGGAGAAGGAGGUGACCGGCUGGAAUGACCAGGACAAAGGUGUCUCAUACACUUUUGGCGCAGAUGUGGUGCAGAAGUUCUUGAAAGACCACGAUCUGGACCUCAUUGUGCGGGGGAAUCAGGUGGUUGAGGAGGGCUACGAGUACUUUGCGGAGCGGUUGGUGUCCCUCUUUAGCGUGGCGGACUUUUGCGGGGAGUUUGACAACAUCGGCGCCGUCAUGCUGGUGGACGAAAACUUGGAGCACAGCUUCAAGUCCUGGAAACGUGCGGCCUGA